AUGGCCAGCACAUUUCCCGAAGUUCAAGGCGGAGGUAGCUUGAUUAUUGCGUGGCAGAUCAGGGCCAAAAAGGUCGUUGUGGUUGGCGGCGGCGAGGCAAGUUCUGUUGCUGCUGGGCGGAUCCUUCAUUGCCUCAACGCCGAUGCUGCGGUUACCGUUGUCGCCCCAUUAUCGGGCUUGAACCCAGAGGUGGCCUAUCGAGUAAGACAAAAACAAGUACAGCACAUCGACCGCCUGUUCGAACCGCAAGAUCUUGACGGCGCCGAUAUGGUUCUCACAGCUGUGGACGACCCGGAGGCAUCCACUCGGAUAUGGAAGCUCUGCAAGGAGAGGCGAAUUGCUGUCAACGUUGCCGAUGUUCCACCAGAGUGCGAUUUUUACUUUGGUAGCGUGCACCGUGACGGGCCAUUACAAAUAAUGGUCAGCACCAAUGGCAAGGGUCCUCGGCUUGCUCAUGCGAUUCGCAAAUACAUAGCCAAGCUUCUCCCCAAACAGGCCGGAAAAGCUAUUGACUCUGUUGGCGAGCUGCGUGUUAAGUUGCGGCGAAUGGUUCCCGGUCCUGAAGAAGGACCAAAACGGAUGGUUUGGAUGACAAAAGUAAGCGACGCCUACUCUUUCGAGGAUCUCUGCAGCCUAACCGACGAAGACGUCAACAACCUCCUUCGCUUUUACGCCUCGGACAGUGUGCCACCAUUGGAUAUUUUGCUCUCCAUGCGUGGUAACCCUGAUCUGAGUAAGAUCGACGUAUUUGACGGUUCUUUUGGAUUCAACAUUGGGGUUUAA